UAGUUGCGUCUACCGAUCAUAGCACAGCAUCAGCCAGAGUGCUGCUAGUGGGAGAGCAGAGCACAGGCAGUGCGGAGGACUGAGCCGCUGAGCACUGAAUGGCACACUAGAGAAGACAGGCGCACUUAAAAAGGGACAGAGUGAGAGAGUAAGGGAAGAGAGAGUGCAUCAGAGCACGUUGAGAAAAGGAGGACAGAAAAGGAGCAGAGACGUGGAAAGAGGAGAGGAGAGUGAGGAGGGGGGAAAAGUUACCAGGUCAGCAAGAGAACGUGGAAGUGGAACAGCUGAGCCUCACUGGGGUCCCUCUCUCACUGGAACAGCCUGGCACAGCAAAGCAGCACAGGAGGAGAGUGAUAUUACAAGAGAGGUUAGAGGGAGUAUUGUCACUUCUUCCUGGAAAGACAGCCCUGUUAUAAUGUAAGGGUAAUGUUCCUCACAGGACCCUUCUAUACAGCAAGCCAGCAGCAGCAAGCAGAAGACACUUAAGCUUGGAAGGGGUGCUUGAAUAGUGCAGCUCUACUCACUUCUACACAGGAGACUUUCUUACCGAACUGUGUGCUUUCAGGUGAAUGUAGUUGUUUCUGUGAGGCUUUUAUCUUUUUUUGCUCCAGAGUGAGAAGCACUGGCGAUUUGGAGGGUGAGUUGUUCUGCCCCGUCAUCUCUGAGACUAUGGUAGACUGUGCGUCAGGGAUCCCUUCAACAGCAGCUGCAGCCUUAGAGCAUGGAGAAGUCCAGCAGUGAGGAGUCAGCCAUUCACCGUAGCCCUUCAGUAGAUAGCCACGACUCGGAUUUUGCCCAAGCAUCCACGUCUGGCCGUCCGUUCGGCGGCCGGGGCUUCACUGCCGGCGCAUUCUACGGGUCCACGGGUCCACGCAAAAACGCACAGCAGGGGCAGGCUGGAGCAGCAGCUGACACCAGCGCAGGAGACAAGACCAACAACAAGUACAGCUCACCCAAAAGCAGCAAAUACGUGGUCUUUUACCUGGAUCUAUCCUUUGUGUUCCUUUUAGAAUUCAAGAAGUGCAACAUGGCAAGAGGCUGCCUCUGCUGCUUGAAGUAUAUGAUGUUCAUCUUCAAUCUCAUCUUCUGGUUAUGUGGCUGCGGGCUGCUCGGCGUGGGCAUCUGGCUCUCUGUGUCCCAGGGCAGCUUCGCCACCUUCUCGCCCUCAUUCCCCUCACUGUCGGCUGCCAACAUGGUCAUUGCCAUCGGCGCCAUCGUCAUGGUAACAGGCUUUCUCGGUUGCCUGGGCGCCAUCAAGGAGAACAAGUGCCUGCUUCUGAGCUUCUUCAUUGUCCUGCUGAUAAUUCUCCUGGCAGAGCUGAUAUUACUCAUCCUGUUCUUUGUGUACUCAGAUAAGGUGAGUGAGAAUGCCAAGCAGGACCUGAAGGACGGGCUGGCUCUCUAUAACUCAGAAAACAACAUAGGCCUGCGAAAUGCCUGGAACAUCAUCCAGGCAGAGUGGAAGUGCUGCGGUGUGAUAGCAUACACCGACUGGCACGAUGCCCUGAAGGAGAAGGUAGUUCCUGACCGCUGCUGCCAGGAGCACUACCAGAACUGUGGGCGUAACUCUACCACCAUGUUCUGGAACAGGGGCUGCUUCGAGAAAGUGGAGGAAUGGCUGGAUGACAACAAGCACCUGCUGGGAACCAUUGGCAUGGUCAUCUUAGUAGUGCAGCUCCUGGGUAUGGCGUUCUCCAUGACGCUGUUCCAUCACAUCCACAGAACGGGGAAGAAGUACGACGCUUAGCCUUGAGGAGAGGUGCCCAAUGGAGAGGAGCCCCACUGCCUAAUGGGAUAAGACUCUGAUUUAAACACCCCUACUUCCCCCCUUAAUUUACAACCUCUUUAGAGCAUCUUUUGCCCCCCCUCCCCUCCUAUACCUUCUGUACAGAUUCCAGCUGGGUCCCCGCUCUAUUCUGCUCUCUCCUCUCACCAUUCAUUUUGCCAAAGAGUAACACAACUGGAAGAGAAGGGACACCUACUUUUGGCAAGGAAGAGAAUCCCAUUGGUUUGUCACUCCUCUUGAGUACAUUUAUUUUAUUUUAUUUAAAAAAAAAUUCUUUUUUUGCUUGGACUAACAAUUUGCUGGAAAGGACGGACUUUCAGACAAUGAACACUUAACUAAUGCCCACGCACCCCAAUCUGAGGCAAAGAGAACAUAUGAAACUGAUCAUAUCCUUUUUCCUUAUGUUGACUAAAGUCAAGCUCCCUUUUCACUUGUAAAUGAAAAAAAGUUCCAACAUGGCAUGCUAGUUUUCUACUUUACCUUACCUUUGUCGUCGAAAUGUCAAACGUCUUUAUUUUGUUUUAUUUGUUUUUUUAAGUAUGUCAUUGACGUUCCUGUGGAAUGUGAGUGUUGAACAGAUCAGUGCAAUGAGUUCUCAGACAUGCAGUGUGUGUGUGGGGUUGGAUUUGACGUGACGUUGCUGCAGAGGGGCACAGACAUGUAAUCCAUGCUUCAUAUUUAUUUCAUUCAGCCGUGCAGAUUUGGGUAAAGCAAGUGUGAUGGAGGGACGUCAUGUACGCGUGAGGAAUCAUCAGUGGAUUUGUUUUAUACCAAACUCUGCAGUAUCCUCUGAAUAAUACAUUUUAAUGCACAAAUCUGCCUGGGAACACACGCACACAAUUUGUACUGCUACACAGCAGCAGUAUUCCCAUUCCCUGAGAGACAAUACAAAUGGUGUAAAAAUGGCUGUUUAUUAGGUCUCCACCAGGACUGUCAAGUGAAGAGAUCUGGGUGAUGUAGUCCCCCCUUCCAGACAAUAGACUGAAUUUUAUCACAUUGUCCAAGCUGCAGAGCAAAAAAUCAAACAGCACAUAGAAACAUGGAGAAGCAAGGGCACAGGGGGCAAAAACAAAGUAGACAUGUUGUCUCCUUGUUGCAAUCAAUUGUGUUAGCGGAGGCGGCUAGAGCCUUUCUUCUCUAUAUUCUUGAGCUCUCAUCCAUUUGCUCUGCCCUCCUUGUUCUCUCUCUGGCUGUCAAGUGCUCCUGCCUCACUCCCCCCCCCCCCAAAAUUUCUUUCCCAAAUGUCAGAAAGCAUGCUCUAUCCAUACACACACCACCAUUCCUCCUUAUCAUGUAGUUCCACCUCUGGUUCGCAACUUCUUACCAAUUUUACGUAAGCAUCCUUUUCUUGCAACCACAGGAGAGGCAGGAGGGAGUGUAGGCAGAUCAAAGCUGAGACAGAUAGGUAUGGCAACAUGCCCUGUAGGACAUGUCUGUUUAUGUCUGAUUCGCUGCAGGAGAUCUGAGCAUCAGCCUACAUCCUUAAGACUGAAAAUAGUUCUACAUCUGCUGUGGCGACUUAGAGAAAAUGCCCACCGGUGUAUUUGUUUUAGGCUUCAACAUAUCUGAGCUUGUGAGAGGCGGUGGUGAAAAGGAUUAGCUAAUUAAUACAGAAUAAGUUUAGGCCAUUAUUUGAUUAUGAUUUUUUUUGUCAUCAGUUCUGACAGUGUACUCGCAAAAGUAAAUGAUGAGGUUUGAGAACAUGGCUACAGCAUUUCCACACCAUCCUACAAGGGCAAGAAACGAUCAGGCAGGUUUUAAACAUGCCAACAGUUUAACCAGAUUAGCAACCGCUUUAUUCACAAAACAGAAAGCGAGUGCUCUCGAAAUGUCAGUAAUAAUACCUCAUUGCACAGGAAAACUGUGUUCACACUUCUACAGAAAGGACAACAGGUCAAAGUUGAACCCAAAAGUCAGUCUGGAAACUGCUGUUGUUCACAGAGGUUGAAGAAAUUUGCUGAUACAAAAGCCCGGCACACCGACAUAGGUGAUUACUCUGGAUGAUUAGAUUCAUCCAUUGUGGGGACUUUGGAGGGCACUGUGUUGGGCAUAAAUUUCACUCUCCGAAUUCAGAUACUAAAAAUGUGGGACAGUAAAAAUAUUGCACUAUAUGGCAAAGGGGGAGUGAUUUCGGACACAGCCGAUUUUUGUCACUCUGGCACAGGAAGUGAUCCCCAGUGCACUGAGUGGCUUGUUGGUUUCUCCAACAACCGAAAGAAAAAAAGAAAAACAACCAAUCAGCGAGUACAAGCCCAGACACGUUUCAAUUGGCUAUGUGCUCGUUGCCCCAGCAGACUUCUUUUUAGAAAUGUUGCCACAUUCCCAGAUCUCAGCGAAGAACUUGCAGGACUAUUACUGAUAGUAAUGAUGGCCCAAACUACAGAAAUAAGUUCAACUUGUAAUAAACUGGAAUUACCCUUUAACUGGAGAAGACAGAUGAUCAUUUUUUGCUGCUGUCUACAGAGUAGAGAAAUAAUGGGGACCAGAAGUGAUCGCUUUGGAUGAAGCAUUGGAACUUAGACACUGCGUUGCUGCUACAUGGACAAAAAUUAGACAUUCUUCCAGUCUGGCGGCCUGUCUGACUCAGAGUCUCACCUGAAGUCACUCUUAAAGUUUUUGUUUGUUUGUUUGUUUACUGGUUUUAUAAUGACUUAAUCUGAGAGACACAUAUUUAGAAAGUGGGUGGGGGGGUUCGUGCAUCAGGAAGCAACAGAUUUAGGUGGUUAUGUGCAGCGACCCUGCUGGCUGUGAUUCACUGCCUGCCCCCAUAUGCGCCGACUCUUCUUGCUGUGUCCAGGGGGGAACAUGACAGCUGCUGAUGUACAGCGCCGUCACGAGCGGUCACAUCUCCUCUGCUUGGCUGCCUGCACAAACUCUCUACACAUCCCUUAUUUACUGCCUCGCUCUGCAGACACCCCGCGUUACAUAUACGAUAGCUGGCAGCACUGACACUGUAGAAAUACAGCUGCACUCUUUGGAUGCCUCGAAGCAGGUGUGAGGUAUAUUCUGCACCCAGAAGGGGUUAUAGGAGAAAUAUCUAGAACUAGUUCUGUAAAUCAGACUGAAUUGUACAACUAACUGCAGGCAAGGAAUUUCAGAAGAAACCCAAGAUAAAUAUUUUGCUGUGUUGCUUCGUCUUGCAUGGGGUGGGAAAGUGUUAAAACGCACAUGCCACAGGAAAUGUGAGAUAAGUGCAAAUAAAACAAAUCCAGCGUCUGUCUCCAAAUCUGACGUCAUACUUCAGAGACCCAGCCUGCAAACUGUGUAACUCUUUGCCCCCUGACUGAUCUGACUGUGCUGACAUUCUCUGCUCUGUGUGAACUCCAUUUCCACUCUGCCACUGUCACCUAGUUUUCACGGUUUAUAUCGGAGAAAAUGUUCCUUCAUGUUUUUAGAAUGCAGCGAUGAAUGCCAUUUUAACAAAAGCUGUUUAAUGAUGUUAUUUUUGUAUAAAUUGGUUGUCACUGUUUUAAUGUUUGUUUUUAUACGAUGUACUGUUAUUUUUUCUCGUUGUAGGCAGUUUUUACUGGCUUUUUUUUCUCCAUUCAUGACAGAAUGUCAUUGGCACCGAUUAUGAGAACAUGACACCAUUAAGAAUUUGUUUCUUACAGGAUUAGUCUUUGCGAUGUUCCUCUACAAGGUGCAAAAACGCCUUUCUGUCUUAACAUUGCUACAGGCAGUUAACACAAUUAGGUCAGAAUUAAUAGAGGGAAAAUUUUGCAUCUAGCAUCGGGUGAAGCGCACAAAAGACAUACUGCACGCUUGUCGUCCUGCUUCUCUUUAUUAGGACCUAGUUUAAUUAAACAAGAAUGUGCUGGAACAAUCAGCAGUAUGUCUUUUAAAGCUGCCAGUAUACGGCCCAUUAUGUAUUUCUAGAGCAUGAUCUAUUAGAUGACACUGAACAACACAGAGCUCAUGUCCUACAGUAUAUCGGCCCUUUAGGUUAGCCCCAAAUGUAAAUAUGCUAAUUCUAUCAACUGAUGUAACUUACUGUUAUACUUUACCUCUGCCACUUAUCACAUUUACAUUGACAGUUUGACAUUUUCUAAUUAAAACAAGCUGUUUUCUAAAUCGAACAACCUAUGCUCUUUUCUACUCAUUUUCGGACAUACCUUCCACCGAUAAGUUACCCAUUUAUAGUUUGAUCGUUUUUCUGCCUCUGUUUCUUCUUACAGGAAGUACAGGAACAGUGUAAAUUUGAUGUAAAUUUGUGUUUUUGUCAGUAUGGUUUUCAUAUUUUCUUUGACUGCAUUCGCAUCUUGUAGUGAGACACUUUUUUCUGUAUUUUUGUUUUUGUUUGUUUUGGAAGGAGUAUGUAUGGAAGUACUCCAAGUAAGCCACAGAGCCUGUAAAGAAAGAAUGCACAUGCAGUAAUUGGGUUUUGUCUGCUGUGAAGAAUUUUGACACACAGAAACUGUUUAGGAUUUUAUGGUUUUCUUUUUCUUUCUUUCUUUUUUUUGACAUAUAAUUUCCGUAAUUUCCUCCUAAUCCGUCACCCGUGCUAGUGCUGAAUAUCUGAGCAGUGGAAAUGUAUGCUCUAGAAAUGGUGUGUUUGAUGUUGUGUUCUGCUGGGUGGCACUACCUGAUACCUGCCAGCCUUGUCCUGUGGAGUUUUCUGCUACAUGUGAAAGCACUCUGAAUAUCUAUACUAGGUGGUGCACAACCUUCUCUUUAUUCUCUAAAUCAACUAUUUUUAAAUAAAGAAAAGAGUGUCACAAAAUCCCACGAUACCGUACGCUCAUUGCCUUUCAUGUUUAAUGACUCGGUGCUCCUGAUGAAUUCCCUUUUUAUGUCACUGUCAGUUAUAUAUGCAGCAUUUAAACAGUAUUUGAUGCCAGAUUUUUUGUGGGCUGGAAGACAGGACUUGGUAUGAAGAGCAAAGUGAAGCGGUGUCGCAGCAGGUCCCAUGGUGUAAUUAAUGAAAGAGAUUGGCAUUGCUGCCUUAAAAUGGCCUCUUUUAAAAAAAAAAUCACAAACCGUGAAGGACUGUUGUCCUAAAGACUCUGAGAUGAGCUAAUGGUAGUCAGCCAGUUGAGCAGAGGGGUUUUUUAAAGAACAAAAGGGAGAUGAUGAAAGUGGGAACCAUCACCAAUUUGUCUCGUGUUUCUACAGCAUGGAGUGAGCAGCAGAGUAUUUUUGUAUGGAGCUUUAUCCCUUUUUUAACCUAAGGCCCAUGUGUGAUAGUGAGUAGAGUUUAUUGUGCCAUUCCAUCCUGGCUUUAUGUUUUACAUCACUGUUCCUUCUAUGCAAAAAUAUGACCUAUUUUAGCCUUUGUACAGAUUAUUUUGUAUGAGUAACAUGUACUGAAAUAAAGUGAACAGAAUCAACCGUG